AUGUCACAAAACCCGGAUAAUAAGGGGGAGGCUCGGCCCGGGCCCGCUGAAGAAGCCGAACAACCACAAGUUCCCGCGCCUCGAAAGGCACCAGUGCGAUUUCAAGAUCCCGUUGAGCAACCGUCUGAAAGAGCAGUUGAUGCAUGGCCAGUGUCCUAUCGGAAUUCUCCUCAGGAGCGUGAACAACCACAGUCUUCGGACAGGACUAGGAGGUACCAACCAUUUUAUGAGGACGAGGAUGAGCGCGCUGAGGGAAGGGCUUCUUCUUCCUCUGUACUUGGAGAGAUCGAGAGGGAAAGAGAAUCACCGACGCCGAUUUCAGGAGAUAGAAGGGUUGAGGGUGAUCAGCACUUUUCGGAAAAUAAUGAUGGGGUGCGACUGCACCCUCGUGAUGAGAGUCCUCCGCCGUUUCUUCCACAGAAAGUGAGAACUGGGUCUGGCGACAGUGAUGAGCUAGACCUCCAUAUAAGACGCGAUCGACAGUCUUCAUACGGAGCAGGGCGAUCUAGGGAUCGACCCUCGGCGCCAACCGCUUAUACACAGUGGGAAACCCAGCCACGGCGGAGGGUGGUCGAAACUCGAGAACGCAGUGGAAGUUAUCAUGAUGAGGAUGAAGAGCUCGAUAUCCGAGUUCCAUCUCACCAAAGAUCUUCACAACGACGAGAAGGGUCUGGCUAUUACGAUGAGGAUGAUGAGCUCGAUAUUCGGGUUCGCCGUGGCCGUGCCACUCCAGCACCUGUGUUUUAUCCCGAACAUCGCUACCGGCCCAUACCUCAUCCAGAACACCGUGGAACAAGUACGUAUUACGACGAGGAUGACGAGCUGGAUAUUCGAACUCGAAGAGAUUAUAUUUACCCAGCGCCGGUGGCCUAUCCAGAACAUCGCUAUCGGCCUGCACCUCGUCCGUACUAUGGGGGGAGCACCGGUUACCUCGUCCCUACCUCUAGCCGAGAGCGGAGGGAGGCGUACGAACUUGAAGUGACUCGAAGAGAACUAGACGCAUACAAACUUGCUCAAGCCCGGGAGGGUUAUGAGGUGGAAAAAACUAGAAGAGAGCUUGACGCGUAUAAACGUGCUCAAAAUCGUGAAGAGUACGAGUUGGAGAGAUCGCGUACGGUAACUAAUCCGUUCAGCCCCACUAGCCGCACACGCAGCCGUUCAAGAAUACCACCAUCGCCAGCCCCAGUAAUUAUCAACGAUCGAAUUUACAACGAUUUCGAAGACGAUGACUACGAAGACACUGCCAUCAGAAGAUCUCGUAGCCGGUCGCGUUCUGGACCCGUACUUUUGCCGGAACCCGUCAUAAUCAACAAUACCCGUGCGUACAGUGACGAUGGGGAUAGCCAGUAUCGUGCCCUAAUUCUCAAUCGGCGCUUACCGGAGGUCGACCUUGAUGCCGUUACACAGGCAUAUUCGUUCUCUCUUUCACGUCAUACCAGGAAUUCAGAAAGCACUCGGAGCAUAUCAGGAUCCAUGUCUGAUGUUUCAGAACAGAGCGAACCUUCACAAGAAGAACCUCUCAAGAUGCCUUCCAGUUCGGGCAGAACCCAUAACGUACUUCGCUCUCAGUAUAUGGGAGAUGGUCUAGUUAGUGGACAGCAUGCUGUAGAACUGACAGUCGCAUCUGAAUCAGAUCUCAGUAGACGGAAAAAUAUCUCGCCAAUUUUCAGAUGGGUGUCAGGCCACCUUUGUCUCUUCAAUGAUAUGCAGAUGCUGACUAUUUCCAGGCACUUCGAAGAUCUGAACAUGGAUCUUGAACAGUUCCAGACCAAUGCUCUUAGUAUCAGCCAUCUCACGGAUGCAGAGAGAAGUGCCAUUUCAAAGCUACUCGCCCAGGCAAAGAAGAAAUAUGACAGACCACGCCAGACGGCGAGAAACAUGGCUCCUUCAUUUCUUCAAGACAACAUAUCUGGAGAAAUGAGGCCCAAAUCGUCAAGAGCUAGGACUGUAUCAUGGCUGUGUGUGCCUUACUUCUGUCUUGCUAGAUACGCCACAUCAUCAAGCUUAAGGCCUUCUUCUCAUCCCAUGAGAACCCUUCUUCAGGCUCGAUAUUCACAGGUGCAGAAGAAAAGGGACAUGGAGCAAGCCGUGUGUCAGGUAUCAGGUGCACCCCCAGAGCAUUGCUUCUAUAUCGGUCAAAUCUGGAUCCUCAUAUUGGAUGACUUGAAUGAAUGUCAAGAUUGGUUUGCCUUCGUAUCACAUUUUUGGGAGUAUUGGCCGCGGCCCUUUCAGAUCACUCAUCACGAGAAAGCCAUCACGGCAGAGGAUUGGCCCGAAGUAUUUGUGAUUGCGAAGAAAUCCAGUAUACGGUUGUCCAUUGAUUUCCGACCAAAUACAAAAGAACCUGCGAAAGGUAUUCUUCUCGAAGAUCCCAUUUUGGAAGAGGGAGCGACCAAGGAUACCACUGAUACAGCAUCCGAUACUUCUGAAUCGAAACGUUCUUCAAGACCAUUUCUGCGAGUCAGAGACCAAAGAAGAUCAAAGUCAGACGUCUCGCCGCACGGGAACAAAGACGGAUUUCAUAUUUUCACGUGGAGUAUCCCAACCGAUGAAUCUCGCAAUACAAGUCCCGCACCGCCCGCAGUCAAUAUAAGCCAGGACUUUCCAAAUGUCGAGGGCCCAAAGCUCGAAGAGGAUCAGAAAGAAAUCGACGACUUUCUCCGUCUUAAAACUAAUCUCAACGAUCGCCUUGCGUACCGAGCGUGCCCCCUUUCGAAGAGGAUAGACCUCUAUAAAGCUCUUGCUAAAGAGCGGACCGAGCUGAGCUCUGGAACAGAUACCGAUCAGCCCGAUCAAAAUCGUCGCAAACGCUACGAAACAAAAGUCGACGUCUUGAAUGCUGCAGACUCGAUACUUCAAUUCUUCUUACCAUCAGACUUGCAAAGUAUGACGGCCCAAAAGUACUGGGGAGCUUUGUAUCGACUUUGGGAGACGGCAGUUCCCCAGUCUGACUUUGUUGGCAAUGUUUCGGGACCACCGCUACCGGAUAUCUAUCCCCACAGAGGUGACAGAGACUGCCAAGAUCUUGUAGAAUGGCUUCAAAUAAUCAACCGAGGCAUCACACCAUUCCGAGAUUUGAUGUCUCAAGUACCUGCCUCUGAUCGAACCGGCAUUCAAAUUCCCGAAGAACUCGAAAGGGCUUGGCUUCAUCUGCUCUUGUCUUUUGCAUUUCUUGUGUGGGAGGACAUGCAGGUUUUCGAUGAGCAAAUGGUCAUAUGCAACAAUCUCCUAGAGUUGGGUAUGAAGAAAAUCAUUCAGAAUAUGUCUACUGUGCGGCUGUCCAAUUACGCUGUUUUCCCGCCGUCCGAGUUUGCAUCAUUACUCACUUUUCAGCUCUUGCAAGAUGUGAAUGAUUCCGCUUUGGAUUUGGACAUCUCAGAGAUUUAUCUGGAGUACCUCAAAUCAUUAGAGUCUGAAAUCGAGUCCAACCCACUGGAUCGUGGCCACCAAAAUCGAAUCGUCUCCUUGAAGCAGGAGAUCUCCGUAAUUAGCGAGACUCUAUUCCAUCAGCAACGAAUUCUAAGUGCAGCAUAUGUCGACAACGAUCCAUUACCACGUCCUGUGCAGACCAAUGGUGCGGCAGGGCCAAACAUAGACCCAAGCGGAGUCCAUGGCCUGCUGCUUCAGGACGGUUUAGCCGUAGUAGAGAAGCGCAUCAGAGAGUUCAGAGAGAUGUAUGAUCGAGCUUCUGAUCUGGGAGAUUGGAAUAUCCAGAAAAUUGAUUCAAACAAAGACCGCCAAGAAGCAGCCAUCUACGCCUUCACCAUCGUAACCAUCAUCUUCCUGCCUCUGAGCACCGUCGCGUCCAUCCUUGGCAUGAACACCUUCGACGUGCGGAACAUGACAGUCAACCAAUGGGUCUUCUGGGCUACCGCGCUCCCUCUCAUGAUUUUGAUUAUUACCUUGUGCUUGAUUUGGGCGGGAGAGUUGAAGAAUUUUUGGGAGGGAUUUACGAAGCUUUGGGGUGGAAAUGGGAGGAAGGAAUAUGUUAUGAUGGAUGAGGGUUUCGAGAGGAGGGACGGGUAUUUUGAUACCCCGCGCCGGCUGCCACCUAUUCUUACCAGUCACAUGUCAGCUACCAGGCAACAUAACCUGACUAUCGAGCUUCGUCGAUGCAAGUAA